AUGAGCAUAUGUAAUCUGCAUCAAUAUAGCGAGUUGCAGGGUUCAAAAGUCAACAAACUGCAGAUGGUUGGGGAAAUGAAGAAUGACUCAGGGAAGGUGACACAAGACAUGGAUCAAGGACACUGUGAAUCCAGUGUAGAUAGCUUUUCUUUGGAUUCGUUGGUCAAGGAUAUAAAUAACAUUGUGAGGUGUAUUGGGCCCAUGGUAAACAAGUUUGAAGAUCUGAGCAAACGUGUACAACUUAUGGAGAAGAAGUUAAAAAAAUAUCAACAAUAUAAAGAUUAUAAGUUUGAGAUUCCUACAGAGGAGAAGCCAUCAUCUAACAAUCCAAAGGUACUUAUACCAGCUUUCCCUGAGAAGUUCGAUUGUGCUGUCUUUUGCCAAUGGGUAAAGGAUGUAGAAUUGUAUUUUGAGUCUGGUUGUGUCUCGGAGUAUGAAAAAGUAAAACAUGUAGUCUGCACAUUGCCACACGAUGGAGAGGCUUUUAAAUGGUGGCAAGGUAUCCAAGAGCUAAGCAACACAGUCGAUAAAAUACAUGUCAUCAAGUGGAACGAGAUGAAGAGGUUGGUUAUCAAUAAAUUCCUUUGA